UCGUGACUUAUUCAUCUUCUUCCUUGAUCAGUUCAUCUAUUUUCUAGGAUUUUCAAUCGCUGUUUCAUAUAUCGUUUGCAUGAUGUACAGCAACUUCAAACAGCAAGCCAUAGAGUACGUAAAACAAGCAGUGCAAGAAGACACUGCUGGGAAUUAUGCGAAAGCGUUCCCGUUAUACAUGAAUGCUUUGGAAUACUUUAGAACUCAUUUAAAGUACGAAAAAGAUCCUAAAAUUCGUGAAGCGAUCACGCAGAAAUUCACUGAGUAUUUGCGUCGUGCAGAGGAAAUCAGGGCGGUUAUUGAUGAGGGCAGAGGGCCUGCUGCGAGCGGUGGUGCUUCGGCGGUGCAGCCACCGCCGAAGACAGAACCGAAGGAAGGAGAAGGAGAAGGGGAAGAUACGGAGAAUCAACUGUCUGGGGUUAAAGCCUUGUCAUUCAAAGAACAAGCGAUAGAGUACAUAAAACAAGCUGUGCAAGAAGACAAUGCAAGGAAUUAUGCCAAAGCCUUCCCCUUGUACAUGAAUGCUUUGGAAUACUUCAAAGCUCAUAUGAAGUAUGAAAAAAACCCGAAGAUCAUUGAAGCGAUCAUGACGAAAUUCACUGAGUAUAUGCGGCGUGCAGAGGAAAUUAGGGCUGUUCUCGAUGAGGGCCGUGCAGGCCCCGCUACGAGUGGUGGUCAUGCAGGUGGAGAAGGUUCUGGCGAAGGCAGAAGCCAACAGUAGGUAAAAGUGACGAGGUCCGUGAGAGGUCUACAAAGGUUUGGACCUUAACAAAUGAAUGUAUCUUAUGCUUGUCGAUUUUUUCCAUUUGUAUGCAUACUAACAUGAAGUUUUUCUAUAAAUGGUCACCAAUAUUCUCCACAA